ACUUCAGGUUGGGUUUUCUUUUCGGCCAAGCUCUUCCUCGUCAAUGGCGGUUGUGGAUCAGAACCACCAUCCGAAUUAGCGAAAUCACUGAAACUCCUUCAAGAAUUCCAUUAAGAAAUUACGUAGUUUUUCGAUUCCCAGUCAAUGUUGAAGGUUGUGAACUCCUCAUGCUUUCGGAGCCGGUUCCACAACCUGGCUCCGAGUCUCCGGCCGGCAGCCGAAUCGGAAUCGCCUCUGGUUAGGGUUCUUGGGUCUCUCAGAGGGUUGGGUGGGAGAAACACGAGGUUGAGUGGUCGGGCGUUUUUUUGCUCCGAUGCCAGUGAUGGGUCGCAACCGGUGGUUGAAAUCGACGCUAAGGUGGAGGAGGCAGGGGCGGAGGAUGCUGAGUCGAAAUCUACGUCUGCUAUCAUUCCGACGAAUCCUCGGCCGGAGGACUAUAUGACGGUUUUGGCGCUGCCAUUGCCACACAGGCCAUUAUUUCCUGGAUUCUACAUGCCAAUUUAUGUGAAGGAUCCUAAACUAUUGGCCGCUCUGCAAGAAAGCAGAAGAAGGCAAGCUCCGUAUGCAGGUACCUUCCUUCUUAAGGAUGAACCAGGAACUGAUCCUAGUUUAGUAUCUGGAACGGAGACAGAAAAGAAUAUAAGUGAUUUGAAAGGUAAAGAAUUAUAUGAUAGGCUUCAUGAAGUUGGCACCCUUGCCCAGAUUUCAAGUAUCCAAGGAGACCAGGUGGUGCUUAUUGGUCACAGGAGACUCCGAAUUACAGAGAUGGUUAGCGAGGAGCCCCUAACUGUGAAAGUUGAUCAUCUCAAGGAUAAACCUUAUAACAAGGAUGAUGAUGUUAUAAAGGCAACUUCAUUUGAGGUUAUAUCUACCCUAAGGGAUGUUUUAAAGACCAGUUCCCUAUGGAGGGAUCAUGUUCAAACAUACACCCAGCAUAUUGGCGAUUUCAAUUUUCCAAGAUUAGCAGAUUUUGGGGCAGCAAUAUCUGGAGCAAAUAAAUUACAAUGCCAGGAGGUGCUUGAAGAAUUAGACGUGUAUAAACGAUUAAAACUUACACUUGAGUUAUUGAAGAAGGAGAUGGAAAUAAACAAGAUUCAGGAAUCUAUAGCGAAGGCUAUUGAGGAGAAAAUAAGUGGCGAGCAACGUCGUUACUUGUUGAACGAGCAACUUAAAGCCAUUAAAAAGGAGCUUGGACUUGAGACAGAUGACAAAACAGCUCUUUCAGCAAAGUUUAGGGAAAGACUUGAACCAAACAAAGACAAAUGUCCCCCACACGUGGCGCAAGUCAUAGAAGAAGAGCUUACAAAACUGCAGCUAUUGGAGGCCAGUUCGAGUGAGUUUAAUGUUACACGAAACUAUCUGGACUGGUUGACUGCACUUCCUUGGGGAGUUUACAGUGAUGAGAAUUUUGAUGUCCUCGGUGCACAAAAAAUCCUAGAUGAAGAUCAUUAUGGAUUAACUGAUGUCAAGGAAAGAAUCCUCGAGUUUAUUGCUGUUGGAAAGCUCAGAGGGACUUCACAAGGAAAAAUCAUUUGUCUCUCUGGUCCACCUGGAGUGGGGAAAACUAGCAUUGGUCGCUCAAUUGCCCGGGCUUUAAAUCGUAAAUUCUUCCGAUUUUCAGUUGGAGGAUUAGCUGAUGUUGCUGAAAUUAAGGGUCAUCGGCGAACCUAUAUUGGUGCAAUGCCAGGAAAGAUGGUGCAGUGUCUAAAAAAUGUUGGAACUGCUAAUCCUCUUGUCCUGAUUGAUGAGAUAGACAAGCUUGGAAGAGGAGGUCAUGCUGGAGAUCCCGCUAGUGCUUUGUUGGAGCUUCUUGAUCCUGAGCAGAAUGCUAACUUUUUGGACCAUUAUCUUGAUGUUCCAAUUGACCUUUCAAAGGUUCUUUUUGUCUGCACGGCGAAUGUUGUUGAAAUGAUACCGAAUCCUCUUCUCGAUAGGAUGGAAGUCAUUGCCAUUGCUGGAUAUAUUACCGAUGAGAAGAUGCACAUUGCAAGAGACUACUUGGAGAAAGCUACACGCGAAGCGUGUGGUAUUAAACCUGAACAGGUCGAAGUGACUGAUGCGGCCCUUCUUGGUCUCAUCGAAAACUACUGUCGAGAAGCAGGGGUCAGAAAUCUCCAGAAGCACAUUGAAAAGAUCUAUCGUAAGAUUGCUCUUCAGCUUGUAAGACAAGGAGCAUCAGAUGAACCUGCACCAGCGGAGGUUGUUGAAUCUAAUGAAGAGAAAGUCGAACUCUUAGAUGAAUCGAGUCAAAACAGUAGUGGAAGUGAAAUUCAGAGUGAUAGUGAAUUAAUCAAAGUAAGUAGCCAAGAACAAAAGGCUGAAUUGAAGAUGUCGGGUGAUCUUCUAGCCGAUGAUUCACAUCCCAAUCAACCUGUGGAUGCCAAGGAUGAAUCAGAAGUCACCAAUGAAAUUGAGAAAGUCCUUGUUGACUCGUCAAAUCUAUCUGUUUAUGUGGGGAAACCAGUUUUCCAUGCAGACCGAAUUUAUGACCAGACACCGGUCGGAGUUGUGAUGGGGCUUGCUUGGACCGCCAUGGGAGGCUCCACUCUCUACAUAGAAACUACUCAAGUUGAGCAAGGAGAUGGGAAAGGGGCGCUUCAUAUAACUGGGCAGCUUGGAGAUGUCAUGAAAGAAAGUGCACAAAUUGCUCACACACUUUCCCGAGCGAUAUUGCUCGAAAAAGAACCAGAUAACCCCUUCUUUGCAAAUACCAAGCUUCACCUUCACGUUCCUGCUGGAGCAACGCCCAAGGACGGGCCAAGUGCUGGUUGCACCAUGAUAACAUCUCUGUUGUCACUUGCCAUGAAGAAGCCUGUCAAAAAGGAUCUUGCCAUGACUGGAGAAGUAACUUUGACUGGAAAAAUUCUCCCAAUUGGUGGGGUGAAGGAGAAAACAAUAGCUGCAAGAAGAAGUGGGGUAAAGACAAUAAUAUUCCCUUCAGCAAACAGGAGGGACUUCGAUGAGCUUGCUUCAAAUGUGAAAGAAGGUCUUGAGGUUCAUUUUGUGGAUGAGUACAGCCAGAUAUUCAACCUGGCAUUUGAGGAAAAAUAAAAUUUUCAUAUUUGAAGAAUACAUAACAUACUUUAGAGUUAGUAUCCAUCUGGGUUUCUUCAUUACUUUAUUUAUGAUGAGAACUACUAAAAAAAUUGUAUUAUUUUUAAAUGUCUCCAUUGAUGGAG